AUGAAUAAAGAGAUUUUGUGUGCCUCCUCAGAGCCUACCACUACCUUUUCUCCUUGCAUACCUACCACCAAGGGCGACAGGGACGCCCUCCACUCUCUAAAUGUGCUUGAAGAUUGCUUUUAUGCGACCGAAAAAUCGGUUCAGAAGGCUUUUCAUGAGUACAAGCAGGACCUCCUACGACUUCAGCUCAGUCUGCGCAGCAAUCCCGUCGGUGGGUCUGCUUCUGACACGCAUCCUGAGAUCCUCAUCGCUGAAUCUGCCGAUGUAGAUAUCGCUUCGUUGCUUAAACCUAGUGAAACACAGUGUAGCGACGAACCUUGCGAUCAGGAUAUGGUGGAGGGCUCCAUUCAGCGAUCUCCGCGAACGUUGAUGGCUGUCGCGACGGCAAACUCGAAACUCCGCGCUGCUUUCUACCGACGCCAGGCGGCCCUUGCACGUGUGGAGUAUCAACUGGGAGGACUGUGGGAGUUGUACAUAGAGCCGUGGUAUAAUAAAUGUGCAUACACAGAUUUCUUCAUCCCCACGAUUCAGCGCCUGCGUGAGCUAAAACGACGCGUAGAGAGGGCUAAUGCACGGCUGAAGGGGCGCUACGCAUUGCGCGGUGUGCUUGGACGCGGACUUUCGAGUGCGUGCUCUCCUCUGGCGCCCGCAGCCGACUCCGCUCUUCUGAGGAGCGCCGCAACAAUGGAAGACGAGGGCGACAGAGAGGUCAAAUCCGAAGCAUACGACACGCCGCUCGAGAUAGCCUGUCACCCCACCACAGGUGCAUCUCAAUGCGAGGGCGAUGCUGAGAACAUGUUCGCGGUGCUCCUGCCACACCAGCGAAUUACCGAGGGAUCUCCCCUUUCGCAGAAUCUGCAGGUGGAACUGCAGUGGGGGCUUUACCUUCCGGCGGGGCGGCGCCCUCUCGCGGACCUUCUGCAGCUUCUCCUCCGUGUAGUACCGGACACGGUCACGGCGCUUGAGGUGGACGUUUCGCAGCAGCAUCCCCUUCUCUUCCGGUACCUUUUGCCGGUCGUGCUUGGCGGGGAUGAGGGGGGCCCGGCCGCGGCGUUGCAGUCAUUCCUCACGCGGCCGGCAGCCGGUGACGGCGACUCCGCUUCCCUCCACGAAUUUAGGCGGCUCCUGCGGCGGCUGUCCGGCGCGCCCUACGGGGUCGUUGACGCGGACGGAAUCCUUCGCAGUCAGGAUGGGGCCGCCGGCGUGGAGGACUGGCUGAGCCAGCUCCUGGCGGUCGCCUCCUUGGUGUGUGAGGGUUCACGCACGGGGCGCGGGGCGGUGGGGUCCGCCUCAUCCCGAGAGCCAUCGCCUGAACCGCCGCCGUACCAGCGCGUCUUGGUCUCGCUUCUCCGCUACAUCGGCGAGCUGCAGGCCCAUCUUCAGCAUUGCCUGAAAAUUGUAUCUGUAUCCUUGCCGCUGGAUGGGCAAGGUACCGGACUUUCACUGCUCUUGAGAAGCGGAAAGACGGUUCCUGAGGGAGAUGCAAACAAUUGCUUUUUGACUCCCAACUUCUACCUUCAGGAGGCUUCGGGGUCAUCGGAUGUCUCUUCCUGUCGCGUGGGGAUGAGUGCCUUGCUGGAGUCACCGUAUUUAACCCCACCUUCAUGGGAUUCCCUUUUGCUCGAAUUCAAACACAUGGCGGUCGUGGAGACCUCAACGAUGCCAGAGGAGGAGGGGGAAGAGGAAGAACUAAGGAGGUUUAAAGAGGUAUUUGAUGUGUGUUGCUUUGCGUGGAUACAGACCCUGCGGCGUGCCAACCGCACAAUCGGAUCGGAUGGUAACAGGGGCCAGAGGUGCAUUCGUGACGGCGAGAAUGGCUUGAACACGUGCGACCCUGAGUUGGCUUCGUUGCAGGAAGAGGCUCGGAUACUAUACGAAUGGGAGCGUGUGGUGCAGAGAACUUUUCAAAGUGCUGAAAUGCGAUGGCACGAGAUCUCAAUUCGAAGGUGA